AUGGCGUUUGGCCAUUCUCGAAAAGAUGUCGAAAUUAGCAGCAUUGAUAGCGAGAGCAAGCAUGUCCACUCCAAUUCGUCGCAAGCAGCAGAAGUCAAGCUCGAUAAAAGAGGCAUGCCAUUGGUGCCUCAGCCCACUUCCGACCCUCUAGACCCAUUAAAUUGGAGUUUGUGGCUCAAAAUUCUGGUUCUGUUGCAAGUGUCGCUGCUGGCAUUCCUUGCUCUUUUCAGCGCUUCUUUAAUUACACCCGCCUUCGUCCCCCUCUCCGUAUCCCUCCACAAAGACCUAACCGAAACGGCCUACGUAACCAGCGUUUUUAUUGCCUUCGUGGGCGCCUCAUCGCUCUUCUGGAACCCAAUCGCCAACGUUUACGGCCGGCGUCCCAUCUACAUCAUCAGCAUCUCGAUCGCCAUUGCAACCUCGGCUGCCUCCGGCGCUUCCCGCACGUACGGCGAGUUGAUCGCCUUUCGCGCCUUGAAUGGAUUCUUUGGCGGCGUUGCGCUCGGCUUGGGGAGUGCAACCGUCACGGAUCUGUUCUUUGAACAUCAAAGAGGCUUCUAUAUGGGAAUCUAUACACUGUCGCUGAUUACGGGUGGGCAUAUCGCGCCGAUUGCUGGAGGCUACAUUGUCAAAAAUACCCUUACGUGGCAUUGGUGUUUCUACAUUCCUGCAAUCAUUACGGCAUUCAUGUUGCCUCUCUUCAUCCUUACGGUCCCGGAGACUUUAUACUCGCACUCCGCCGAACGCGCCCAAAGACCCUACGGAUCAUGGAUGGAGAAUAUGACCAUGCGCGGAAGAGCCCAUUCGACACGGUCUCUCAAACUCAUCGACUUCUUCCGCCCAAUCCAGAUGCUCAUGUACCCAAGCGUCCUGCUCCCGACGCUUUAUUACUCCGUCUCCUUUGGCUACGGCAGCAUCUUGUUCAUUAUCACCUCGGCCAACAUAUUCUUGAAGGUCUACAAAUACAAGCCUUACCAAACAGGCGUGCUACUGGGUGUUCCGUUGACGGUGGGCAGUGUUGUUGGAGAGUUGGUGGCUGGUGGGCUGUCGGAUUGGAUCAGUGAGAAGCGCGCCUUGGCUCGGAGCGGAGUCAGGAAGCCUGAGGACAGGCUGUUGGCGCUAUUUCCAGCUAUUGUGCUCUUACCGUUGGGCAUCAUUAUUGAGGGUGUUUGCUUGACGCAUAAGUUGCAUGCGACUGGUACGGGCUUUGGGAUUGCGAUUGCGAGUUUUGGGCUGCAGAUUGCGACGACCGUUGUGUAUACUUAUACCGCCGAGUGCUACAGACAGCAAGCAGCGGAGAUCGGCUCAUUGCUUAAUUUUGGCCGUCAGAUCUUUGGUUUCGGCGUCGGAUUUUACGCAGUCAAGCUAGGCACCAAGGUUGGCUUCCAAAACGCCUGGAUCACGUUUGCGUUUAUCAAUUUCGCGGUGUCGCUACCUGUGCUUGCAUUAAUAUUCGUGGGCGAAAAGUGGCGGAAAGCGAUGGGGCAGCCCGGAUUUCACCGCGAUUUGUGA